UUUGACUUUAAGAUUACGUACCGCGCGGGAACGCUUAAUAGAGUAGUAGACGCUGUAAGUAAGAGGUCUGAUUUGCGCGAAGAGGGUUAUAAGGAACUAUAUAACGCCUUACUUAAGAAGAUGCCUAAUAGUAGUCUGAAGUACAACCAGCCGGAACUAGCUAAAGUAGCUAAGGUGGCUAAGUAG